AUGAACACGAAAGAAGACAUGAAAGAACAACCGUCUUCGAUGAUGUCGUUGUUAUCGUGGCUGAGUGAAGUCACGAACCAGCGUUCUUCUAUCGCGUCCGUGAAAGAGCUGAAGUCGUGCUCGGUGCUCCUCGUUCUGUGCGAGAAUUUACUCUCGAAAGAGCGGGAUUUGAGGAAGAGAACGAAGAAGACGAACGACGAUGAUGAUGAUUAUGAUUAUGAUGAUAAUAAUAAUAAUAAAAGCCCGUCGGAUUCGGUGUUACUCCACGUCGCCUUGGACGAGUUGAACGUUGGCGGAGAAUACGUGAAAGCGGUGUUAGAGGAAGACGAGUUUGGUAUUCUGGAAGUUAUUCAAAAGUUGAAAGAGAAGUACGAUUUGAGAGAGGAAGUUGAAAAGUUAUCGAAGGAUUUUUUGCACGGUUACGACGACGAGAAAAAGGGAGAAGAAGACGCGAAGGAUGAAAAUAAUGAGGACGACGACGACGACGACGAUGUAUUUGGAACGAGAGAUGGAGACGCGUUGGAUGAGCUCGAUGAUUUAGGCUUUGAUCACAUCGUCGCGCCGAACGCGAGAGGUUCGUCUUAUACUUCGUUACCUCCCGCUCCUCCAAACGUCUCGUCGCCGGUGAAGUUUAUCAACGCGUAUUCAUUGUUAGGCGGCGAGAGGACGUUCGAAACGUCGCCGCCGUUUAAGAAUUCAAAUGCUAACAAUAUUAUCACGCGAAGAAAUGAUGAUGAAGAGGAUAGAGAGGAAGUUGGAAAUGAUUUGUUUCAACGAAGAUCACCCAUACAGCGCGCGCCGAGUUUUAUGCGAUGGAAUCAACGCACGGAAGAAGAAAAAGAAGAAGAAGAAGAAGAAGAAAACGAAGAAAAUCAAGUGACGAGCGUUUCGAAAGUGAGGAGAAACCCCGAACCUUUGGCGUGGUUUUCGCCGCUCAAUCCGGACGAAGCGGCGGUAUCGAAAGCGGAAACGAAACUCUCGGUUGCUGAGAUUGCUUUGCUGAGACGAGGAAAAGCGUCUUUAUCUUCAUCAUUUGCGUCCGUAGAGAAGAAAAAAGUAUAUAAAAUUUCCUCUCCGUAUUUUACGACGAAGAGUGCCGAGGGAUCGAGACGCGCUUCGUCACCAUCGGUAUCACCAUCCUUCUCAAAAGCAUCGGCAAACGUUGGAAAACGAACGAACGCGUCUGAAAUUAAAAUAGCGCUGAAAUUUGGAGCCUUGGCAGGCGAAAGCGAUCAGAUGAAACGUCUUCGAAACGAAGCGUUGCAAGCGUUGGAAACUGAAAACGCUCCGGGGGCGAAGCACCAGUUCAUAAUCUUGUUCUCGGAAACGAGUGAAAACUCGAAAACCUAUCGCGGUUUGUAUAAAGUGAGCAAAAGCGAAAGUACCAGCGGCGAUGGAACAAACGUCGACGGCGUCACCUUGCGAAAAAUCCACGGCACGAGCGAGAAAGUUCCAGAUGCAUUGCGCUCCAGUCGAAUCUUGAAAACGUUAAAGUUCAACCUCGCUUCCAAAAUGUGGCACGCGCUGCACGACGAAGUCGACGCGAACGCGAUGGCUGUCGUUUUAAAACCACCAAAAAAGAAAAAAUGA